GUAAAACAUCCACAGAUGGUGCCGAGUGGAGUGAGAGGCGCGCUCCACGACUAGAUCCAGUGCGGCAGCGUGCACUUCUGUCCGGGGGAGGACUUUUUCUUCCCUCUCUCUGGAAAGUCUGUCGUAGAGACGGAUUGAGCCUUUACGCUGGAGCCGCUCACCAAUGAGCGCCGCGCCGCCAAACGUGCGCCGCCGACGCAGCCGGAUCAGCAAACGGGACCUUGUUUGAAGGAGAAACGACUCUCGGCGGCGGUGGCCAAGAUGAGCUGCAGGAAAAGGUGCAAGCGUCAGGUUUUCAAGUUCGCCCAGUACCUUUUCAGACUUAUCACCGGCUCGCUGAACACCGACAGCGUUGAAGAUGAGCUGGAACUGUCAGCCGUGCGCCACCGGCCCGAAGGUUUGGGACAGCUGGAGGCGCAGACGCGCUUCUCCCGCAAGGAGCUGCAGAUCCUCUACCGCGGUUUUAAGAACGAAUGUCCGAGUGGCGUCGUCAAUGAGGAAACCUUCAAAGACAUUUACGCCCAGUUCUUCCCGCAAGGAGACGCGUCGACGUACGCUCACUUCCUGUUCAACGCCUUUGACACGGAUCACAAUGGCUCCGUGAGCUUUGAGGACUUUGUGAUGGGUCUUUCCAUCCUACUGCGGGGCACCAUUCAAGAGAAACUCAAGUGGGCUUUCAACCUCUACGACAUCAAUAAAGACGGUUACAUCACCAAAGAGGAGAUGCUCGACAUCAUGAAGGCCAUCUACGACAUGAUGGGCAAGUGCACGUAUCCCGUGCUCAAAGAGGAGACUCCGCGCCAGCAUGUGGAAGUAUUCUUUCAGAAGAUGGAUAAGAACAAAGACGGCGUGGUGACCAUCGACGAGUUCAUCGACUGCUGCCAAAAUGACGAAAACAUCAUGCGCUCCAUGCACCUCUUUGAAAACGUCCUUUAACUUUACAGCCCCCGGUGGGGAGAGUGCUUGUUGAACACGCAGACCUCCGUUCAUGGCGUGUGUCCUUCCUGGCUGGGAACAUUCUGGAAAUGUAUACGUUGACCGUAUAGCCAUUGUUUUCUUGCCAGGUGAUGUCACUGUCACUCUGACGUUCCCUUUCAUCCACAUUGCACCCUGUUAUUGUAUUUCCAGGGUGUUCCUUAAUGGCUAGUGUUUUGUUUUCGAGUGUAUAUAGUAGUGGUUCUUCAAACUUAAAAAAAACAAUAGUUGUCUUUUAGGGUGUUAUUCAAACACAAUAACUUAAAUUUUACCCAGAGAGUGAUUCGACAAAAAUGUGAACUGUACUUAACCCUUUGAGGGACAGCGGUUACUACAGUGGACAGCUAAUCACAGGGGUGCCCAUUACGUCGAUCGUGAUCGACCGGUAGAUCGCGGACUGGUCCCAAAUCGAUUGUGACGGGUGUUGAGGAGAAAAAAAAGCAAACAACCAUUUGUGUGUCUUUAAGUAAGUAAGAUAUCCUUUAUUCGUCCCACACUGGGGAAAUUUACAGCCUCCAGCAGCAAGAAUGCAUGUAGAAAGAAGAAAGAGAAAAAAAACGACAAACAUCUUUCAAUUAAAUGCAAUAUGAACACAAAAUGGAUAAAUCCAUUUUCCUUCACAUCAUUUAAUUAUUAUUAUUAUUAUUAUGUGCUUUGUGAAUGUUAGUAAUAUAUAUUUGUUUUUAUUUUGUAUUAUAAUACAAAAUACAAAAAUAUAUUUUUGUGUUAAUGUGCACUGAUACCUAUCAGUCUCAUUUUCAUAAAAAGUAUUAAAAAAUAAAAUAAAGCAGGUAAAUCUUUAACCUACGGUGGCGUGUGACCUGCAUCACCGGAAGUUGUUAGCGCUACGCUCAGCUGUCUGCAAUUGCAGGUUGUGAUCAGAGCUGUUGCGCUAUAUCUUUUAUCGUUGGCAUUAUUCUGAUUCAGAGUUUCUUUCGUGUACAAUUCACAGAGAGCACGGGCAAAGAAUAGGAAUCUAGAGGGCCGAGGGAACCCCUUUAAAAACGGUACGUGUGAGCUUACGAUGCUUUGAUCCUCGGUCCAAAAAGUUUGGGCACCCCUAGCUUACCAGUUGACAGGGCGCAUAAAAGGGUUAAUAAAUGUACUCAACACAAUAAAUGUACUCAACACAUUUUUUCGACGACACGUUUUGAGAAUCACUGAUAUGUACACUCAAGAAGUCAAGGAUAGAAAAGGAAUGCUGGAAGAAGACCAUGAGUGGCUUAGUCCACACAAGCAGACCACUAGUUGAUAUUAAAUGUACGUAUAGAACAUUAAAUAACAAUCACACACUCUAUUUGUGGACUUAUUUAACGUUUGCAUUUUUCAGCACUGUUUCUGUUGUUGUUGUCGUUUUAUGUUAUUUAUACAACGCAUUACGCUCAUUUGUAUAGCGCAGUUUUCAAGAAGACAAACGUGAUUUUUUGUUGUUUUCAAAGCUAUGUAACUACGUUUCAUUUGACUUCCUUAAAAUGAUGCUGGUUGUUGUUUAUGUAUCCCCGACAGAGGCGUGAGCGUUGCUUUUUAUUAUCGCCAUGUUAGGUAAGAAAAACAAAUCCUGACAUGUCACUCCCAAGUCAUCAUGAUGCAUUUCUACAUUUUCUGUAAAUACCACAAGGUGAAAAUAAACCGAUGAACAUCUA